AUGCGGUCGUCAAUGUGUGUGAGUAAAUCAGGCCUAACUCUACACCGAAUGUCACGACACGGGUAUCAACCCAUUCGCGCGCACACCAGCCAACGCGACGAAUGCGAAGAAACAGCUCUGCAUCUCUUGAGUUGCCCCGCUCUUCAUCCACUGCGAGUUCGAUUUGCCAUCGUUGAUGAUAUACCCCUGAAGAAACUAUGUUUUUCUAAGCUGUUAGCAAAGUUCCUUAUUGCGGUGGAGCGGAACUACGCUAUGCCAGAGUCUUCACAACCAAGAAACCCUACGCAGCCUACCUCCCCACCUCUCUAA